AACACAAGGCAACAUUUUUGGCAACACUUCAAGUGAACUUUGAUCAGUCGACAUCGCAAUAUAAAUCAUCAUUGCCAGAUACUGAUGGUACACUGAUUGCAGUGGGUGUAGACAGUUUAGUACACGUAGGCCUACGUCUAUCAUUCAUUGACUAUUAUACAUGGCCAACUGAGCCCGGCCAGAAAUAAUUCCCAGCCUCAACCACGCCCAUCUGGAUUGAGAAGUUCAUGGUUAAGGUUAGACUGAAAGGUUGAAGAUGGGGAAUAAAUUAGAACAUCCGUCUGUGGAGCUUCCCCCGGAGAAGCUGGUGAUGGUCACAGGUGGAAACACUGGGAUUGGAUAUGAAACGGCAAAGUCCAUUGCGAAGAUGGGAGCAAGAGUGUGCAUUACAAGUCGCUCAGAGGACAAAGCUAAAGCGGCAAUCGAGCGAAUGCAGACAGAACAUCGAGAUGAAAUGCUGCAGAAGAGUCAUGGGCAGGCGUCAUCUCCAUCCACUAGUGAAGAAGUUGAGAUCAAGCCACUGAAUGUGGAGUACAUCAAAGUGGAUCUGGCCUCGUUGCAAUCCACCAUGGACUUCAUUCAGAAGACCAAGGAGAGGAUGCAGUACCUUAAUAUCUUGGUCUGCAAUGCUGGCAUUGCCUUUGCCAAACAAGAAUACACAGAGGAUAAAUACGAGUCGCAAUUCCAAGUCAACUACCUGUCACAGCUCCUCAUUGUGCUGCAUCUCAUGCCGCUGCUGCGGGCUGGUGCCCCCGACUCCCGCAUUGUUCUCCUGUCAUCAGAGGCGCAUAGUAGUGGGAAACUAGACCUGGACAACAUGCAGGGCCGAAAAUCCUUCAGUCGGUAUACAGCCUACGCCUCAUCCAAGGCUUACAUGGUCAUGGCAGCACACUUUCUCGCUCGGAGACUGGAAGGGACUGGAGUGAGCACUUUCUCUACUGAUCCUGGAUUUGUGGACACGAAUAUUAUGAAUAACUUCAGUGAUUGGAAACUGAUGAGCUUUUACGUUGGAGCUUAUAAAAAAUUUGGUAUGAUACGUACUCCGAAACAGGGGGCUGCUACAAGUGUCGUGGCCUGUGUCGAUCCAAGCCUUCGUGGGAAAACUGCAGUGUACCUGAAGAAUUGUCGACCUGCUAACCCUGCAAGCUUCUGUUGGGAUGGCAAAAAACAGGAGGACCUUUGGAGUUACAGUCUUCGAUGUCUCAAUCAGUUCAUCUCUGAUGAUGUGCUCAAAGAAGCCUUCCCUUCAGCAAGGCCAGAUCUGCUGAUCAUUCCCAAGGACACAAGGACAGUCGAAGAGAGGAUUGUAGAUGAUCCAGGGAAGAGAGACGGGAGAUCAGAUGACAAACAGAUGGGAGACCAAUCCAAAGGAGGAAAGGCAUCUUUAGAGAGAAAGCAGGAUGAGGAGCAACCAGAGAUAGAGUCUUCCCCUGGAGCUGCAGAAGAAGCCUCUGAGAAGCCGAAGGCACCACAAGAUUCAAGUGCAGCCAGUGCAGAAGAAAAGAUGCCUGAAGUUGCACCCAGAGAUGCCGAAAAGGAAUGCGAGACAUCCUACGACAAGAAGCAGAUAGAAGAGCACCCAGAGAAAGAAUCAUCAUUUGCAGAAGUACCCACCAAAGAAGUAAAGACAGAAGAAACAAGCAGGCAGGAAUCAGAAGAAAGUAUGUUAAAGGACAGUCCACCUGAGCAAAUUGAGGAAGAACCAUCCAAAGAGUCUUCUGAAACUGGCCAGACAUCUGAAGAUCCAAAGGCAGAUGCAGAGGUACCUAGUGAAAGUUUAAAUACAUCAAAAGAACCACAAGCAAAGGAGAUAGACGAUGCUUCUAAAGAGGGAACAGCUGGUGCAGCAUCCGCAGAAAUUAAGCAGAUGGAAGGGCAACCCGAGACAUCUGAGGACCUAAAGGCAUCUGAGGACCUAAAGGCAGAUGCGAAGGUACCUGCUGAAAGUCUCCAAACAUCACAAGAACCUAGUGGUCGAAAAUCAGAUGAAAGGGGUGUGACAGAUGAUGCAGCAAAUGAGGAAACAGCUGUUGCGGCAUCUAUAACUGAGCAGGUGGAAGAGCAACCUGACGAGGAAGCUUCAGCAGAGGCAGCUCCUGAAAUCGAACAGACAGCUGAAUCACCAAAGGCAGAUGCGGAGGUACCUACAGAAGGUCUCCAGACAUCAAGAGAACCAAGUGGUCAGAAAUCAGAAGAAAGGGGCGUGACAGAUGAUGCAGCAAAUGAGGAAACAGCUGUUGCAGCAUCUUCGGAUAGUAAGCAGGUGGAAGAGCAACCUGACGAGGAAGCUUCAGCAAGGGCAGGUUCUGAAAUUGACCAGACAUCUGAGGACCUAAAGGCAGAUGCGGAGGUACCUGCUGAAAGUCUCCAAACAUCAAAAGAACCUAGUGGUCGAAAAUCAGAAGAAAGGGGUGUGACAGAUGAUGCAGCAAAUGAGGAAACAGCUGUUGCGGCAUCUUUAACGGAGAAGGUGGAAGAGCAACCUGACGAGGAAGCUUCAGCAGAGGCAGCUCCUGAAAUCGAACAGACAGCUGAAUCACCAAAGGCAGAUGCGGAGGUACCUACAGAAGGUCUCCAGACAUCAAGAGAACCAAGUGGUCAGAAAUCAGAAGAAAGGGGCGUGACAGAUGAUGCAGCAAAUGAGGAAACAGCUGUUGCAGCAUCUUCGGAUAGUAAGCAGGUGGAAGAGCAACCUGACGAGGAAGCUUCAGCAAGGGCAGGUUCUGAAAUUGACCAGACAUCUGAGGACCUAAAGGCAGAUGCGGAGGUACCUGCUGAAAGUCUCCAAACAUCAAAAGAACCUAGUGGUCGAAAAUCAGAAGAAAGGGGUGUGACAGAUGAUGCAGCAAAUGAGGAAACAGCUGUUGCAGCAUCUUUAACUGAGCAGGUGGAAGAGCAACCUGACGAGGAAGCUUCAGCAGAGGCAGCUCCUGAAAUCGAACAGACAGCUGAAUCACCAAAGGCAGAUGCGGAGGUACCUACAGAAGGUCUCCAGACAUCAAGAGAACCAAGUGGUCAGAAAUCAGAAGAAAGGGGCGUGACAGAUGAUGCAGCAAAUGAGGAAACAGCUGUUGCAGCAUCUUCGGAUAGUAAGCAGGUGGAAGAGCAACCUGACGAGGAAGCUUCAGCAAGGGCAGGUUCUGAAAUUGACCAGACAUCUGAGGACCUAAAGGCAGCUGCGGAGGUACCUGCUGAAAGUCUCCAAACAUCAAGAGGACCCAGUGGUCGGAAAUCAGAAGAAAGGGGCGUGACAGAUGCGGCAGCAAAUGAGGCUACAGCUGUUGCGGCAUCUUCAGAUAAGCAGGUGGAAGAGCAACCUGACAAGGAAACUUCAGCACGGGCAGGUUCUGAAAUUGACCAGACAUCCGAGGACCUAAAGCCAACUGAAAGUCUCGGGACAGCUAUAAAGAAGCCCAGAGGUCAGGAAUCAGAAGAAAGGGAUGUGAAGGAUGAUGCCUCUACAGCCUGUUCAGUAUCCUCAGAAAAUAAGCAGAUGGAAGACCAACCCAAGGGGGAACCGUUUGCUGAGGCAACCCCUGAAAUUGACGAGACAUCUGAACCAAAAGCAAAGAAUGAGGAUACAGCAGAUGAGGUGCUGGAGUUCAAAGAGGAUGCGUCACAGUUGGCAACCAAAGAAAAGCCACAGUUGGCUCCUGAAACAUCCACAGGUGGGGAAGAUUUAUCAGAUGGUCAAGUAGAGGAGAAACCUACCGAAGAUACUGCAGCAGCAGAAGAUUCAUCUGGGAUGCCCGAUGCUGACACGCCUACGGAGAAGCCAGAGGAAGGGUCUACGGAAGUUCCUGCGGGCACAUCAGAGAAGACUGUCCUUACUGAGGAAGACGUCUCAGUCAAAGUUGAAGAUGGAGAGGGGCAAGCCAGUCAGCAAUGA